AUGGCGCCCCAAAAUUCUCGUCACUCAGCGCACCCGCCCUCCCUACCUCCUACCGUCGAAGAAGCAUACAGACGGAAAUGCAUACAGUUGAAGGAUCGAUCGAGGGAGAUUGAGGAGGAAAACGACGCCUACCGCCUGCGACUGGCUCGACUAAAGCGCCAGAUCCAGAAAUCCCGACUUGAGCGAGCCAUCCUCCUAGAGCAGAUCUCGAAGCGUACCAGUACCAACGUGGAGGAUUCUGAAGGCAGUCCAAGCCCUCCCCCCACUGACAAACCUCUCCGAACGAAGCGUGGCCACCGAAAGUCUUCCCUGUUACCCGGCGGCGAUGGCGACCAUGUCCGCGCGACGUUCAUCAACCACAACCCUGCGACUCUCUCACCUAGCUCAGACGCUUUCUCUCACUCGCAAAUGGAUUCACAGAGAGACCAUGGACGAGCAGCCAAUGGUGCAGCCAAACCACCCAAGCGACCUAGUAACGCCUUCGAGAUAUACUGCAAUGACAAUCGACCGAUCCUGGCAGCCGAGAACAGGGAGAAGAUCGCGGCCGGAGAGUUUCGUCUCGAGGAGGAGCUAGCUCGCGGCUGGAAGGACCUUCCCGAGAGCGAGAGGGAGGAGUUCGCAGUCCGAUACUCGAUAGAGCUGGCCCGGUGGAAGGAGGCGCGAGAGAACUUUAAGCAAGGUCUUAAGGAGGCCGCUGCUCGAGAGCGAUCGCGCGGUCGUGACCACCGGGGUGGCCGUGGCCGUACUCGCUUUGAGGAGAUCCAGGACGACGACGGAGACGACGACCAGGAUGUCGAGAUGGCAGAGGCGGAGGCGGACCCUGAGCCGUUGGGCGAUCAGGACACCGAUCCCGAGACGGAAAUCGAUGACAAUGACGGCGGACUUGAGGACUAG